AUGGACGACAUGCAACGUAGUCGAGCGCAUGAAGCGCACAGUAGCGGAAGUUAUGCGUUGGACUAUAGCUCUUCCUUUCGUCAAGCAAAGCGUGCGCGUUUGGACGAGUCGCUGAGCGAAGAGGAGAAGGAGAAGAGCGUCGUUGUAGCCACUUCGUCUCUUUUCCCUCUUUCGAAGAAUAAUACAAACCCCAUUGACCUUAUAGAGAAUAUGACGUCAACCACAUCAAGGACCGAGUCGCAUACCUGUCCAUGGCGAUUACCACGUACUCAAACACUGGCAGAAAGUCAAAAAUAUCUCAAUGAGCAACUUCAACAUGUUGUUGUACUGUCGUCAAUGUUAUUGCCUCGGAAAUUUUCAAGAACGUUCCCGACUCUGGAAAAAGAACAAGAGGAAGACGUCGAGAAAUUAUGUACAUUAGAUGUAACAAGUGUAUUGGCAAUAGGAAGGAUGACGCAAUCACUGGAACAACAAGAGACGGUCGAAAAAAGAUUACGUGACGUUUUGGACCUUGUGAGUUAUUUAUUGUACGUACGAGAUCGAGAAGCAGAGUAUCAGAAUAAAUUGAGUGAGAGAUUGAGCAAGAUUGAGAACCAAUUGAAGAGAAAGAAUCAGAUUGUUUACACUUUACAGUCGGAUCUCGAGACUUUGAAACAAAACAAUGCACAACGAGAAAAUCUAUUGAAAGCAAAGGAAAAAAUGGUGCUGAGUGAGAAAAAGACACUUCAAAUGGACAAGAAAAUGCUAGAAGUACAUUGUGCACGAUUGCAAGGGGUCGAGACGGCGUAUAAAGCGCAAUUGCGAAGAAAAGAUGUCGAUUAUGCACGACUUCGGAAAAGUCUACAGGAUGUUGUUACACAUGCUGCUAAAGAAAAGCGGGGAAUGACAAUGACGAAACCGCUAAAUGGUGUUCGAGAGCGGAAGCAAGUAUCGUUGAACAAUCAAUCAAAAGAAAACAAACUUACAAAGCAGAUCAUGGAGAAUCUAGAACGGAAGAAAGCGGAGCUGCUGUUGGAUAAUCAAGCACUUGUAAAGAGCUACGAUACGUUGCAACAUCACUUAGAAGCACUCACUUUGCAGUACAAGAAGGCCGUUCGGCUUUUUCUUGCCCAAAAGAAUCUGGAGGGAGAUGCUGCAGAACUUGAGAAACUCGCAAGUGCUCCAAUUGAUGACUUUACUCCAAUACCGUUCAAUAUGGCUACAAAGGCAAGCAUUCCUCAAUUUAUUUCGCAAUCGAUGGAGACUUUAGAUGAAAAACUGAAGCAACUGGAGCACGUCAUUCGUAACGAAUUGCCGUCGGCAGAGGCACGUAGCGACAGGAAGUUAAUCAAACGCUUGCGUCAGAAGUUGGACGAUGCUCAUGGCAUUAUCAAGGAACAAGAUCAGCUCCUUCAAGCGUCAUUGUCGGCACCGGUUGUUGAUGCCCGCGUUAGUCGUGGAGACAUUAACACAAAAGAACGUGUUGAUCACGUAGCAACAUUUAGGAGUUCACCCGACGCAAGUGCAGAGGAAGACUUAGCGUAUGAGAAGAGUGAGUUGGCUGUGCUUCGACAAAACCUUCAAAAGGAGCGCAAGCUUUUACAAGAACAAGCUGUCAAACUCGACAAGGAUCGGUUGGAGUUUGAGAUCAUUAAGCGUGAUCUAUUGUUUGGAUCUUCUAUGGAUGUGUCAUGCGAGCAAGCAUCGCCGUCCAUCUCAGCCCCCAAUGCUACUUGCUCAACACCAAAGCGACAACAUCGAGCAAAGCGGUUACACAUGGAUGACCCGGACUCACCUAUUGAGAUUCCAGUUUCAGCCACACCGGGCACAGCAGCCUAUCUCAGGAAGAUUGGGAUUCAUGUGCCGUCUGCAAUCUGA